GGGGGAGAAGGGAGGGAGGAGAGGAGGAGGAGGGAGCAGGCGGCCGGCGGUGCGGGGGGAGGGGGCCCGGUCCGGGAGUGCGGGAGGCAGUGGUAGAGGGAGGUGGCGGUAGCGGACUGGAGUCUCAACCGCGCCAAGGCGGACACUACGGUGGAGCGAGGCAGUAGAAACACGGAGCACCCAAGGCAGUACCGGGAAUCCCGGCUUAGAGGAGGGGGUCGCCGGACCGGGUGGAGGGGAGGGGGCGAUGCUGGAAGCCAUGGCGGAGCCCAGUCCCGAAGAUCCGCCUCCGACUCUUAAGCCAGAGACUCAGCCACCGGAGAAACGGCGGAGAACAAUUGAAGAUUUUAACAAAUUCUGCAGUUUUGUCUUGGCCUAUGCUGGUUACAUCCCCCCUAGCAAAGAGGAAAGCGAUUGGCCAGCUUCUGGCUCUAGCUCUCCAUUGCGAGGUGAGAGUGCAGCAGACAGUGAUGGCUGGGACUCAGCCCCAUCGGACCUUCGAACUAUCCAGACUUUUGUUAAGAAAGCAAAGUCAUCAAAGAGAAGGGCAGCUCAAGCAGGUCCUACCCAGCCAGGACCCCCAAGGUCCACUUUUUCUCGUCUGCAGGCCCCUGACAGUGCUACUCUGCUUGAGAAGAUGAAGCUCAAGGACUCUCUGUUUGAUCUGGAUGGGCCCAAAGUGGCAUCUCCACUGUCUCCCACAUCGCUGACGCAUACCUCCCGGCCCCCUGCCGCGCUCACCCCAGUGCCACUGUCCCAGGGGGACCUCUCCCAGCCUCGAAAGAAGGACCGAAAGAAUAGAAAAUUGGGACCAGGAGGUGGGGCUGGCUUUGGGGUGCUUCGGAGACCUCGACCAGCUCCUGGGGAUGGGGAAAAACGGUCUCGAAUCAAGAAGAGCAAGAAGCGGAAGUUGAAAAAGGCAGAUCGGGGGGAUAGGCUCCCACCUCCUGGCCCUCCUAGGGCUCCUCCCAGUGAUACAGACUCUGAAGAGGAGGAGGAAGAAGAGGAAGAGGAAGAUGAUGAGGAAGAAAUGACAGUAGUAGGGGGUGGAGUCCCAGCCCCUGUGCUCCCAACACCCCCUGAAGCCCCCAGGCCCCCUCUUACAGUGCACCCUGAAGGUGCUCCCCCUACUGACAGUGAAGGCAAAGAUGUGGGCAGCACAGAAACAAGCCAAGAUGGAGAUGCCAGCUCGAGUGAAGGGGAGAUGAGGGUCAUGGAUGAGGACAUCAUGGUAGAAUCAGGUGAUGAUUCAUGGGAUCUGAUCACGUGUUACUGCAGAAAGCCCUUUGCCGGGCGGCCCAUGAUUGAGUGCAGCCUCUGUGGGACAUGGAUCCACCUCUCCUGUGCUAAGAUUAAGAAGACCAAUGUUCCUGACUUCUUUUAUUGCCAGAAAUGCAAGGAACUUCGGCCAGAGGCCCGGCGGUUAGGGGGUCUCCCCAAAUCUGGAGAACCCUGACGUCACUGUUUAAGGCUGGAACUUCUGACAUUACUAGGGAACUGAGCCUCAGAGUCUCCAGCCUUCCCUUGGAUAGAGGAGGCUGUCCCUACUUGAGGGCCACAAUUCCCAAGGGAGACGUGUUUGGAAAUGUCUUCUACUCUGUCCUUCCUGCUCCAUGGACUUGAAAUUGACCCAUGACAGUUGGGUUAGGGGAGGCUGGAUCUGUAGACAAAAUCUCUGUCCAGUGAACCCUCCACCCUUUUCACUUUCAGGGCCAGGGCUCAAACUGGGAUGUGAUGGGAUAGUUGUCUAUCAAACUGUAGUGUAAAUACAGCACUCCCCUCCUCAUGUUUCUUCUAUCUCCCAUUUACUUUCUUCUACACCGGAUGUAUUUUUAAUUUUGGGCUCCCCCAUUUGAGCAAGGUUGCUCAAAAGUGGAGAACCAAAGCCUGGUGGAGUAAGGAAGGAAAGCAAAAGGUGUCAAUUAUCACUCGCCUUGUUUUUAAUAAUAUUGGCUGGCUGCUUGUACAGACAGCCUACGUGUUGUAAAUAAAGCAGAGUGGGCUCUUGUGUUUUACAA